AUGGAGCGCACUUACUCUACCGAUUCGGUCGCGUCCAUCCCGGAACAGUCGCUUCCAGAUUCGUCCCGUCUCCGUAAGGCUGCUCGUCGACUCUCCAACCAGGCUUCCGCUACGCGCGCCAGAGAAUGGAGAAAGUCGCGGCUUCAUCACUCCACUAGCCAUGCAUCUAAUGCGCAUGCCAACGGACACAGUGCAACCAACGCUGAUGGCACACAUCAGCACCCCUACUUUGCCUCGAAUGCCAAAGCUGGCCCAUCUUCACGACGACUAAGUCAUGGCGUUGCUACCGCGCAUUCUGCAGCUCACCCACCUGCGCCUGUCAGCCUCCGCAGGCGCAACAUUCUCGACUCGGCCGCCUCGGCUCCCGCCUCUCGCUACGGCUAUGCUGCUUCCACCCCCACUUCGUCUCCGCAGCCUGCCUCUUCCCCUGCUUCUAGCAUCUCGGCCUGGCCCACUGCUUCUGGAGAGCUCUCCGGCUCCUCCACCGACCGUCCUACUCCAAGGUACCGAUCUGAUACCGUCACGUCCAGAGACGCCUACUCGGCUGACCCUUCUGCUGACGGUGGUGACGGCUAUGCAUCGAGCAGCGACAUUCGUUCUUCCGGCUCCGAGUACGAGCCGUUCGACUGGGACAUAGGUCGCAAGCGACACAGCCACGAUCGAUCUCGUCCGCUCGUACUCGACCAUGCCGUCUUGCGAGCCCCUGCCUAUUCACUGCCAUCAGCCAACGCACACCCUCCUUCUCUGCCACCUAACGCUCUCUCUGGCUCGGCAUACAAUCGUCGAUCCACUUCUCGAUUCACCAAAUCCUCCAUAGGCAACACUCGUUCUCCCAAACAUCCGCGUCAUCUUGCCUCGGACUCGUCGCUACGCACCUCAGCGUCGCGACCCAGCCGCGAGUCCAUCUUAUCUCGCGCUAUGGGUGCAGCAGGUUUCCGAACUUCUCCUACUGAACCGACCGUCGUGAGCUUGCCUGCCUCCGACUCACCCCCGCCCGCUGCACUGAAGGCAAGACGCGCCAGUCACGAUAAGACAGCACGCGCCAGCGGCGCAACACCAGCAACUUCCACGGCCAAGGCAGGUACAGAACCAGCUCGAUCUUCUUCGAUAUCAACUGCAGCCGGUCCGGCUGGCUCCAGCAUUGCCAAACUUUCAGCAUCCUCAAUAUCAUCGCACCGUGGUCUUGCUUCAAAGUGGCGACGAAUGCGCGUCAAUCCUUCCUUGGAGGCCUUGCUCGCCAGUCUCGCCUCCUGCGUUGCCUAUCGUGGUCUCAAAACACAUCCAAAGCGCGAAACACAGAGCCAUGCUUCCGAAGUCGGCUUCAUUACCCUCGUCAGCACGCUCUACUUUUUCCUACGCGACCCGGACGAGCAAGCUGCCAUCUGGGCCACUGACCAUCGCAACUAUCGCUCAUGUCCAGAGGAUGGCGCUCUCAACGCUCUUCUGCUUCCACCCUUGCUCGCCUGUGCUACCCUGUUUUCGGCAAUACAGGAUCAGACUGUCGGUCGCAGCAGCGCACGUGCCUCCGGAGAAGCGCUUCCCAACCCUCCUUGGUUGGUCGAGGGACCUCCUGAAAUUCUCAAUCACGAUCGAAAGCUCGGAGGCGGAAUGACGACACUCGUGGUGUCACGCCACUCUCUUGUGAGCACCAUGUGUAUGACAUCUACCGUCUUGUUCUGUCAUCUCUUUGCCACAAAGUGGAUCCGUCUCCCGCAUCAGUUCCCCAAGAGCAAUUGGGCAAAGCUGCGCAGCUUCACCGCCUUUUCCACGGUGGUAGCUAUCACGCUCGAGCUCGUCAAGGACGCUGCCGCUCUGUACGGCUUUCCUCUGUGGUCAGACCUGGCACGCUGGGAAGUCAUCGCUGCGGCUUUAUUCUACCAGGCGAAUCUGUACACCAUUUCCCGACUUGCACGUAGAAGCUUCACAUUGGGAGAACUCGGCAUUGUUGCCGCAGUUGGUGUCACGCUGACCAUGGAAGCUCUGCAUCUCUGCCUUGCCAAGUUGCUCCCCGUAACAACCCCGUACGUCAAGACCUUCCGACGCCCAACGCCGCUACUCAUUUUCCAGCUCGCACUCAUCGUCGGCACUUUCAUGAUUGGGUUUUUGCUCUCACCACUUCUGUACCUGUCGCGCAACCUGGCACAGAAACCCACGCAUCGCCUCCGCUGGCCCGACAAGCGCGACCUGCACCGCCGUUUGCUCGCCGGCUUCUUCUAUCUCUUUACCGUUAUCUACGUAGUGGGUGUGCUCGGCAUGUGGGUGCGCUGGCUACUCGUACGCCGAGAUCCGUGGCUGUGGACGUUGUCGUUCAUGCUCAAGGGUACAAAGCCUUGGACGCGUCCGGUGCUGGUCUGUUACUGGCUUGUGCUCAUCUCGGUGUCCAUCUCGUGCUGGCAGGCAGUUGUGGCUCGGGCCAAGCGUUUCCGCAGCAUGGGCAACUCGUAUCAGCGAACCAUGCUGGGCUCCAAGAUGCCCGUUGCAACGGCUGCCGCAAAUCAUUCAGCUGCUCAGCUCAAGCUGCAACAACAGCAACAGCAAGAGAUCAAGAGCGCUGCUCCCUCUGAUGUAGUUGUUGCAGUAUCGCCCAGCUCGCACGCACCAGGCGGCGUAGAGAUCACGGCUGAAAACAUUGAUACGAAUGCUCCGAGCGGUAGGCCGGGCGCAGGGUUGACUAGCGCGAACAUAGCGAAUGUAGGCAACGGCAGCAAUGUGGGAGCAUGUGAAGCCAAGCGGGGCGCUGGCGGCAACCUGAAGCUGUCGACGCUAAGCGGAAGUGCGUCUCUUCUGGCAAAGGAGCACAACACAGCUGCGAUCAAAAAGGCAUCGUAUCUGUCGCUCAACGCGCGACGCAAGUUCUUCCAUGCGCUCGCCGUGCUGCUGUUCGUGCCUGGGAUCGCACUCGACCCUGCCUUCACGCACUUGGGCUUCUCGCUCGCGUUUUCGGCGUUCAUCUUGGCCGAGUACGUGCGGUACUACGCGCUCUACCCGUUCGGCGCUGUUUUGCACGUGUUUAUGUCCGAGUUCCUGGACCACAAGGACUCGGGACCGGUGAUCCUGUCGCACUUCUACCUGCUCACUGGCUGCGCCGGUCCGUUGUGGCUGGAAGGCCACUCGCGCAUCGUGCAGCAGACGGGCGUGCUCGUGCUCGGAGUAGGCGACUCGCUCGCCUCGGUCGUCGGACGGAGGUACGGCCGUACCUACUGGCCCGGCGGCUCCAGCAAGACGGUCGAAGGCUCGCUGGCGUUCGUGACGAGCAUCAUGGCGUCUGCUUGGCUCCUCCGGCUCGUCGGUUGGUGCGAACCGUUUCACAUGCUCAAGUACCUCGGCGUCAUCACCUCGCUCGGCUUGCUCGAAGGCGUUUCGGAUCAACACGACAACUUGGUCCUCCCCAUCUUUGGUUAUGUCGUGGCCUGCUUAGUCGGUCUAUAG